CUGAACCUGUAAGCCAGCUCCAAUGAAAUGUUGUCCUUAGAAGAACUGCCUUGGAUAUGGUGUCUCUUCACAGCAGUAAAACCCUAACUAAGACAGUGUGGGUUUCAUGGAUGUGGACAUUUAGUGAAUCGUGUGUGGAUGGUGAAGAGAUGGCCCAGUAGCAACAGCAUGAGCACCCCACAGUCUGCUGCACCAGAGAGCCCCACUGAGGGCCCCGGAGGCCCAACAGGGAAGGCCACAGUAGGUAUCCGGGAGAAGGGCCCUCGGCUCUGUCAGCGACUGCCCUCUAUUGUGGUGGAACCCACUGAAGCGGGUGCUGUGGAAAGUGGGGAGCUGCGCUGGCCACCCGAGGGUACGCAGAGGGGUACCCCUCAGAUCCAGGCUGCUGCUGCUCCUUCUCCGAGCCCACCGGGAACACCAGGGAAGGAAGCAGAUGAUGAUGUCAUUGAGGGUGCCAGCUCUGGGCACCAGGCAUUCUCUGCUCCAGUAACAGAUAGGGGUAUGGCAGGCUCUGCUCUCUGACCACCCAGAGGACCUCCAUCCCAGGAUGACUGGCUGAUUCACAGCAAAUGGUGGGCCCACCCAAGAAACGCAGCUCACCAAGCUUCCUGUCCGGCUAGGUGUGGCCAGGACCCCAGCCCCUGCCUUUGCCCUCCACGGCCCAGAUCUGGAACAUACCCCUCUUUGUUCAGUGGUCUGAAGCAGAAAUAAAGGAAUCCUUCCUGGUGGCUACGGGCACCUUGGUGGGCACAUGAGCUGCUGGGCACAAGUUUGCUUCUAGCAGUGGCAUUCUAGACUCUCCUAGUCUGGGCAAGUCAGUGUUGGAUGGUUAAGCACUCGGUGCUUGGUACUUGGCCCUGGAGAAUGCCAGCUUGAGCAGAGCCAGAAGGCUUUUCACACUGUCUCUGCCUAGGGACCCUCUCACUACUCUUCCUCACCUAGACUGCCUAUGGCCACUCUUCCAGGUGGCCUUCUACCCCUGCUAGAGAUCCCCUAGAGGCCAGGCACCCCUUGUAUCCUGUAUCCUGAGUAUAUUAGGGCACCAGGAUGGUACCUAAGGUGAGGGAUUGACUUCCAGCCCAGACAUUAUUAAUUCCUUGCAAAAGUCCCAUUUUACAGAUGGGAAAAUUUAGGUUCAAAAUGAGGUGCCCUGGACCAGUUUUGCCCAAGGCUAUGAAGGGACCCUCAAGCUGGCCACAGUACUCUUUCAUGACCUUGGGUGAGCAAGCACAUCCUCUUACCUUGAAUGAUGGUCUUGUCCCUCCACAACCAGGAGGGGAGCUAUGGUAUCUCAUCAUGGCUGGUUUGCGGGGGCAGAAAUUUGACCAUGCCAAGGGCUCCCAUUUAAGAUGCACUGCCCCCCCCUUGGCCAAGCCUGGGAAGUUCAGGCCUAGCCACUAGGAAGUUUCCAUAAUGUUAGCUCAACAAAGCCCUCAGGCUGAGGCCCCAGCAUGGGUGAGCUGCUAGGGCUGUGGGAGACACAGGCCUUCUGUUCCCUCCUGACCCCCUUGCUAUCCUUCAGGAUGAAUAAAGCAAUUUCUCCAGCC